GAAGUUUUUAAAUAGGAAGAGCGCAGAUGUGUAUUUCAUAUGAUGAUGUUUACCCCGACUGAAGCUACGGAUGUGUGAUACCUUAUCUGUGUAACGCCAACUUCAUCUAGAUGGCUAAAUGUGUCAGUUGGACGUCAUAGCAACAUGUACAUUACUUUCCAUAAAUGUUUUAUCGUCGUUCUUCACGCGCUUGUUGUCGUUGCGAGACAAGAUAGACGAAAUGUUCUUUUCAUCGUUGCUGACGACUUGAGGACAUCUUUGGGCUGUUAUGGAGAUGUAACAGUAAAAUCGCCAAACAUUGACCAACUGGCUUCCAAAAGCCAUGUUUUUCUCAAUGCAUUUGCACAGCAAGCUGUGUGUGCACCGAGUCGAACAUCCAUGUUAACAAGUCGCAGACCAGAUACAACCAGGCUUUAUGAUUUUAAAUCCUACUGGAGAGUGCAUUCUGGAAACUACACCACUCUUCCACAGUAUUUUAAAUCACAAGGUUAUGUUACCAUGUCUGUAGGAAAAGUUUUUCACCCAGGCAUCGCCUCAAACCACACUGAUGACUAUCCUUACAGCUGGUCAAUUCCUGCAUACCACCCUUCUUCAUUCAGAUUUGAGAAAGAAAAGAUGUGUAAAGGAGAGGAUGGUCGCCUCCAUGCCAACCUGCUGUGUGCAGUGAAUGUCACGGAGCAGCCUGGAGGAACGCUGCCUGACAUGGAGAGUGGAGAUGAGGCUGUGAGACUUUUGAAGACUCAGGCCUCUGAUGGUAAUCCCUUCUUCCUGGCCGUGGGUUUUCAUAAACCCCACAUUCCCUUCCGGAUACCGCAGGAGUAUCUACACCUCUAUCCCAUAGAACACAUGACUCUGGCCCCUGACCCAAAUGUUCCGAAAAGCCUUCCCCCUGUGGCCUACAAUCCUUGGACAGACAUUAGGAAGCGAGACGAUGUCCAAAAGCUCAAUAUUAGUUUCCCGUAUGGACCAGUUCCAAAAGACUUUCAACUACGUAUCCGACAGCACUACUAUGCUGCUGUGUCCUACGUGGAUGCCCAGGUUGGACGGCUGCUCAGUGCCCUUGAUACCCUGGGGCUGGCUCAGAGCACAAUAGUGGUGUUCACCUCCGAUCAUGGUUGGUCGCUAGGUGAGCACGGUGAAUGGGCAAAAUACUCCAACUUUGAUGUGGCAACACGCGUGCCUCUUAUAUUUUAUGUCCCUGAGCCUCCUGCAUCUUACAGUGUGCUGAAAGAAUCUACCUUUCCUUUUGUGGAUGUCUUUAGCCCAUCAGAGGUCAUCUUCAAAACUGAUCAAAUUGUGGAAAAUGUGGUGGAGCUAGUGGCUAUUUUUCCAACAGUCUCCCACUUGGCUGGCCUGAAAACACCUCCCCCCUGUCCUGAAAUGUCUUUCAAGGAGGAGCUGUGUACAGAAGGAAGGAACUUGGCGCAUGAAUUCAAACCCAAAAAGAAAAAAAUUAAUGAGGAGGCAGUGUCUUUCAGCCAGUAUCCGCGGCCUGCUGAUACACCGCAGGAGAACUCGGACCUCCCUGACCUCAAAGACAUCAAGGUGAUGGGCUACUCUCUGCGCACCUAUGACUACAGAUUCACUCUAUGGCUGGGCUUUGACCCCAAAACAUACCAAGUCAACGUGUCUGAUGUGCAUGCUGGGGAGUUGUACAUGCUGGUAGACGACCCCGGUGAGGACAACAAUGUCUAUGAUGACUUUGAGCAGCACAGCAUGAUGAUGAUAAGGACGAAGAUGAAGAACAUGCCACCUACUGUGAGCGUACAGACGAGGAUGAAUCUGCAGCUCCUCUACCUCACAGCAGGAAUGAAGAUAAAUGCAAGGGAAGCACAAUGACAGAUGGCUGUAGAGUGCAUAAAAUACAAGACAAUACACAACAUCGUGAGCUAUAUAGCGCUUUCACAGGCAAUAAAACCCAAGAAAGGGAAAAAACAUUGGCCGUGUAUAUUUUUCUACAAAACAGAUGCGACCCGUUAUUAAAUAUCUAACAUGCACCAUCUCCAUUCACGUUUGAGCUUCAAAGAUCAUAAUCGGCAACUUUUUUACAAGGCAGCCACGGCAGCACACAAGGUCAAAUUUCAAUAGCGCGCACUCUUGAUAAACCGCUUUAAUUAGUUGAAAAUUAUUCACAUCCUUUUAUAUGCUGCUUCCUCGAGGAAUAUUGAAAAUGAGUGGUGUGCACGUUAAGAGUUUCACUCGGUGUUACCUCCACAGGUGUUGUGUUAACAGCGAUAUUUCUAAUGCACUUUGUCACCUUGAAAACAAGUGAUUAUGGUUUCCAGUUGAUAAAGAUGUUGCACUGAUAUCUUUAUCGUCCUGCGUGUUAAAGUUUGUCUCUUGACUGAGUUAUUAAAAAAAUAUUUGUACAGUACAAAACACUGAAA